UCUUGAACAGAAGGUUGUACUUUGGAGUUUUUUUUUUUUUUUUUUAAUUCUAAUUAUUUUAACUGGGUGGGCUUUACAGUAUGAUUUGGCUGGAGACUCUUUAUGAACUGGCAACUCUUGCCUACCAGUAGCCAUAUGAAUGUUUUAUUUUAUUUUUUAUUUUUUUUUACUGAAUGCACAAACUGCUCUCCAUUUUUCAUAGGUAGGCAGUGUCAUCCGGCUCUGGGCAUUGUACUGUAAAGCGCUCAAAAGCUGCGCAUGCGCAUUUUGACAACAUCCGUACAGGAUCCAAACAGUUGUCAAGACAACCAGGAAAGUUCUAAAUGCAAGUGAAAAACUUUUCAAGGGAAAAUAGACUUAUUAAAAUAACAAACAUUGUUAUUAUUCACGAACUAUUAUCAUUUUACUUAUGUGUGUGUUGAGGUAAAGUCCGACGGAAGACAAAAAAAAAAAAAAAACUCCGGUCCUAAUGUUGUCGAGACGGAAAAUUCUAACUGCGGGCAGGCUUCAUUGUGCAAAGGAGCGGCAGGCGGGGAGUCCGUCUCAGAGCAGAAAAGACAGUCUGGAGAAACGACAAGGAUUUGGUGUCCAAGAGUUUCCCGACGGCUCCAAAUAUGAAGGCGAGUUUUUCAAUGGCCUCAAACAUGGCAAGGGAAAGUACACCUGGAGAAGUGGAGAGUUCUAUGAGGGCUCUUUCUACAAAGACUACAGGCAUGGUGAUGGAAUGUACUGUUGGCCAACAGGCAACAAGUUCAUUGGCAAAUUUUAUCUUAAUUGGAGAGAAGGAUAUGGAAAACACAUUUUUCCUGAUGGAGCCACAUUUAAGGGUUUGUACCAUGCUGACCAGAGGUUUGGUCCAGGUGUGCUUAGUGAGCCAACGGGAUGUCAGGAUGUAGGUCUUUGGCAUGGGAAGCAUUUGAUGCAAAUGUGUAAUCCUUUACAAGGUAGCUUUUGCCUGAAAAACACCGAAUAUGCUGCCCUCAUGGAGCAAACUGCUGUCUUACAUUCUAAGAAUCAGGAUGCUUUACCGUGUAAAAGACUUCAGACAAAAACCAAAACAGAAUCUGAGACAGCGAAAGAUGACAUUUUGCCGCCGUAUCACGACAAUACUGUACUCCCCUACGGCACUGAAAAUUAUUCCACCAAUGGUGACCACCUUCCAUUGCCCCCCAGUAUUAGACGAGAGUUCGACCACCAGUUUUAUGGCCUGCUGCAGGAACAUGAUUCUCACCAGCAUGAAGGCUACAAAUGGGAUCCACGCUCCACUCUGCCAUUAACAACCAAAAUGCUGGCUCACAUUCACCAACACAGUCUGCAAUCUGAAACAUUGGACUGGGAUGUUGCAAAAGUUCUUUCUUCAAAAAGGGACCAUUUUGGUCCAAAAGGACCUUUGGAAGUAAUAUCAGAACAGUUGAUCCAGCAAGCCUCAAGAGGAGGACGAAAGGCUGUGUUAAAUAUUCUCCUAGACGGCCUUGUUCACCCUGAUGUAACAGAUUCUCAGGGAAACACUGCGUUGAUUGCUGCUACGAGAAACUGCCAUGAUGAUAUAAUCCAACUAUUAUUGGACAUGGGCGCUGAUAUUGACAAGCUGAAUUGUGAGGGCAUGUCGGCACUGUCUGUUUGUCAUGUCCUUUACUAUCCUUUCCAGUCUCUAUACUUGCCUCCAGGAACACCAGCCCAAACACAGGAUUUGAUAUCGCUGUGUAGAAAGAGACCUCAGAACAACCCAGAGGACACAAGUACAGAUUCAUCCAGCCAAAACGACAGAUCUCAGACAAGUGAUACAAUUGAGACCAAUUGGGAUUUUCUCUCUAAUCAGAUACAAGAGGAAUUAUCCGAAGGCCUCAUCUUUCAUCGCAGCAGUUGUAGUGAACUUUCCAGUUUCCUGAAUGAUCAAGAGACUCCUGCAGAAUACCAACAAUUACCAGUAAAAUACAGACACAGUGUUGAAACUGGCCAGGAGAGCAACAGGGAUGAGACAUUCCUUAUGGCAAAUAGUAGAGAAGGGCAGUGGAUAAGUAACAAAAACAAUAAUGGAUUCAGCAAUCAAAAAAUAAAAUUAAGCAUUUUGACAAAGUACAGUGAAGAAAAAAAGAACGAGGAGCUCCUUUUAGAGCGCUCCAUUCCAGUUAAGGAUGGUCACAUUAUACUGGGCCACGUGAAAUGGAAAGAAUAUUCACCUGAAAGUAUUAAGCAGGAAGGUAAAAAAACCACAAGCCCAUUACAUUCCACGUAUAGCUAUAACAUACAGGUCUCGGAAGAACUUUUACAGGGGGCAGCUGAAGCUCUGAGCCACCCUGGGUUGCCCCAUUAUUCCGACACUCGAGAGACUGUGCGCAAAAUGGCUGCCAUGAAGUUUAAGCAUCGUGUUCGUUUGCACACACUGAAUCUGCUGUUGGACCGGGGAGCUGACCCCAACAUUUCGAGAGUUCCCUUCCCUGUCCUCUUUUUGGCUAUUAUGGCUGCUGAUACCGAGACUGUUCGGAGGCUUAUUCUGUGUGGAGCUCAAACAGAUAUAAGUCUUUCACCUGAGAGGAAAGGUUUUUAUCCUCUACAUGUGGCUGCAGCACUGCCAGGCCCAGAAGGUCCCAAAAUCACAGAACUGCUCCUGCAAGCUUUAUCUGAUCCAGACGCACGAGCAUGUGAUCAGGAGGAAAUCUACGAACCAGAUAUAGUGUUCCUGAUGACAAGAAAAUCACGGCACACCAGUGAAAAGUCACGUCCUGAAGAAGGAGGUCGAACAGCUCUGCACAUGGCCUGCCAGAGAGAAAAGGAUCACCGUAACGCCAGCAAGGUGGUCUCCCUGUUGCUAUCCCAUAGUGCCAAAACAGACCUCCUCUGGAGUGGACAUUCACCUCUGUCAUUGGCUAUAGCAAGUGGCAACGAAAAGGCAGUUGAGGAGCUGUUAAAAGGAGGUGCGGAUCCCAACAUUCCCUUGGGUUGUGGAGUUGGAAAUGCCUUAUGUGCAGUCAGUAACUUCUGCUACGACUUGGAUGGCAAAAGGGAAAAACUGUUAGACAUGUUAGUAAAGGCUGGUGCUGACAUGUUGAAGCCAGUCCAGGUCGGUGAUAGUAUCGGAAAUGUGGUCGACUAUGCACAUCACUCCUUUGAUCAGGAUGUGCGUAUUGCCCACACACCCUUCCAUAUCCUCAGCAUGGAGGAAAGAGAAAUAUUUAAAGCGCGACAUCACCUGCUUAGCAUGAUGGGAAGUCUGCUAAGAGAGACAGCUAUCCAAAGAGAGAACGAACAACUGGAGAAACAGAAGGACCUCCUUCUGAAUUGUGAAAAUGCUCUUUCUCCUACUGAUGCUGACUCCAGACAUGAACUGAAAUCUUCCAUUGCUGUCAAACAAAGGUCCCCAUCAUUUAGGUUCUGCUACAACUGCGGGCGCUCUGCUGCUGUGAAGCUAACUGCUUGUAGUCGCUGUCAAAACGUUUUCUUUUGCUCUACAACCUGUAAACUUAAAGCUUGGGAUGAGAGACACAAGGAAGAAUGUCUGCACAAACCAGACUCUGUUGGCAGUUCGGCUGGAACACACACGUUUCCAACCCAACGAGACCCUAAAAUGUCGACUAAUGCAAUGCCUACUUUUAAAAUUACCAGAUCUUUAAAUGUUCAGUUAAAAUCCCAAAUUGUGGAAACUGCAGAUGUGCUAAACAAACAACUUGUAAACUUGAAUGAAAACUACAGUUACAAUUGAUGAAAUGCAUGACUUGUUGCAGUGGAGCGGGAAGUGGGGUGCUGAGGGUGCUGCAGCACCCCCUGGUGUUGGGGACAAAGAAAAUGGUUUUGGUAGAUUAUGUUGAU